UGUACUCUACACUCAAGAGACACAGUAUAUUUCAACAACUUUAUUGCAAACCGUUAAGUAACAACGUAAGUUAAAUCGCCAGUAUGCUACAUGUUAUAACGCAGGAACAGGAAAAGGGGGUGAGAGUGUCAUUGUACUCGCAAUAUUGGUUGCUAUGGUUAUAAUUCAUAAUAUAAUCAUAACCAUAUCAGCCAAAUAAAGUAUUUCCAUAUAAAGAUAUGAAAACACGAACUGUCUAUAUGAAAAGCGAGAAGACCACAUAUAUGGGAUGGGCACACGGUAUCAGGAGACUGUCCGCAUAAAGAGUUUACAUCUAGGUCAUUCUUUAGCUUUUCUACAGAAUUCUUCACUGCGUAGAAUUUGUAGAUCAGCCUAAAUAAAAAUUCCUUGAACAAGGACCAAAACUUUAUUAUUGUCAUUAUUGCUAAGAGAGACACGUGCAGAACACGCCCAUGUCAUUGACGUCAGAGUUCGCGACGCGGCAAAAUUGAGGAGUCCGAGAAGUUGAAGAGUUUAAGUGGGUGGGGAAAUUAAAACAUAACGGUAACAAUGCGUCCCUCCUCUGUUUACUAAGCCGUUUUAACUACGAUGAAAGCCGCUUUCCGUGUAUAAAGGCAGACGAGCCUCAUGUAAUCCUGCUAACACUAAAGAAACCCGGGUUUUGAACACUUUUCUUAGCUACCGCAUUUAAAGAGACAGCGCAGGGGCUUUCGAAAAGCAUCAUGGCGGACUCCAGCACCAAUGGCCUCACAUCUCUCGCCCGGGCUUUGUCACAACCAUCUCUGGAUCUGAUAGAAGUUAAUGAUGUUUCCCCUCCACGAAGUCUUCAGCUUCAUGCAGGACGAAGGAGAAAGUUGUCCAGUUGCAACUCGAUUGAGAGCGCCGACCUGGUAACCUCACCUUGCGCCGCGGAGGCGCGGGUCCUCGUUAUCAAUACUGGAGGAACUAUCGGCAUGACUCUUCAUGACGACGUUCUUGCCCCACAAGCCAAUGCUUUUGUGAAGAGCCUGCGUAAGCUGCCCAUCCUCCAUGAUGAGACGUAUGCUUACCAGACCCGCAUGUAUGAGUACUAUGGAUCUGACACCUUGGUCCUGCCAGUAAGUAAACAAAAUAAGAGGAUAGUCUACACUAUCUUGGAGUACAAUCCUUUAUUGGACUCUUCCAAUAUGACCACAGAUGACUGGGGUAGAAUUGGAAAGGACAUUGAGAGAAACUAUGAAAGCUACGAUGGUUUUGUGAUUCUUCAUGGCACAGACACUAUGGCUUACACAGCCUCUGCCCUGUCCUUUAUGUGUGAGCAUUUGGGCAAACCGAUCAUUCUCACGGGCUCACAGGUACCCAUCUAUGAGAUGAGGAAUGAUGGCAGAGACAAUCUACUUGGGGCAUUACUAAUUGCUGGACAAUUUGUCAUUCCUGAGGUGUGCCUGUAUUUCUACAACAAACUCUACAGAGGGAAUCGUGUGACCAAAGUGGAUGCUGGGAGCUUCAAUGCAUUCUCAUCUCCUAACUUGGCCCCCUUGGCCACUGCUGAAGUGGAUAUUGCAAUCAACUGGGAUACAGUGUGGAGGGCAAACACCACAGCAAAGUUUCAAGUCAAGACUGAGCUGAACCGCAACGUAGGCCUGCUUAGGCUAUUCCCAGGAAUCACUGCGUCUACUGUAAAGGCUUUCCUGCAGCCACCCAUGCAAGGAGUGGUCCUGGAAACCUACGGCAGCGGAAAUGCCCCCGAUAACCGCCCUGAUCUCCUGGAACAGUUAAAGAAAGCCACUGAUGCCGGUGUCAUCAUCAUCAACUGCACGCAGUGUCUGAGGGGGUCGGUGUCUACAUCCUACGCCACCGGCAAGGUCUUGAUAGAAGCCGGCCUGAUAGCAGGAGGCGACAUGACUCCAGAGGCUGCACUGUCAAAACUGUCCUACGUAUUGGCCAAGAAGGAGCUUGAUCUGGAGGCGAAGAAAAAGAUGAUGGCAGAGAACCUGCGAGGUGAAAUGAUCGCUGACUUGGCAGGAGCCAAACUGUGCCUGAGUGACAGCCGUUUCAUCCAAGUCAUUGCCAAGUCUCUAAGCGUCAGCUGCAAAGAGGAGCUGGAAGCCAUCCGAGAUGCUCUGACUCCCACGCUGGCAUGCGCCGCUGCUAAGAUCGGUGACAUUGAGGCCUUAAAAGCCCUAAAAGAAAUGGGCAGUAACUUAUGUCUGGGGGACUACGAUGGACGCACACCCCUUCAUGUUGCUGCCUGUGAGGGCCACCUCAAAAUGGUGCAGUACCUACUGAGUCAUGGAGCUUCAGUCCACGCUAAAGAUCGCUAUGGCGACACACCCCUAUGCAAUGCUGUGCGUUUCAGACACAAGGAAGUUGUGAAGCUGCUGAGAAAGACCGGAGCUCAUUUCUCCAGACAUGAGUUGGAGGAAGCAGGAACUGAAAUGUGCAGCCUGGCAGCCAAUGGUGACCUGGAUGGUCUGGAAAUCUGGAGCCUUGCCGGAGCAGACUUAAAUCAACCAGGCUAUGAUGGGCAGACUGCAAUUCAAGUGGCCCAAGCUAUCGGCAAAAAGGAUGUGGUAGCAUUUUUGCUCCGACUCAUGAGCAAAAAAUCAAAGAAAGUAUUGGGUGAAUUUAAUGAUGAUGAUGAUGAUGAUUAUGAUGAUGAGGAGGAGGAGAGCGGAGUGAUCCAAUUCAAGGCUACCCCACCGGCACUUUGAGCUGACGCUACCUGAACCAACAAGAACUGUCCUCUGUUGGCAUCCAUUUAACUGCCGAGGCGUUCUCUGCACAAUGUCCGGCUACUUUUCACAAAAUUGCUCUCUUCUUGAAUGUCAUCUGAUUGCAUGUGUUCUUCAAAGCCAUCGCUGCUGCAGUCUUCCUCUCCAAAAAUAUUAAUAACACAAAAGAUUGUGUAACCGCUGAGGGCAUGAAGGGCCCAGAGAAAAUAAGUGGAUGUAUGUACAUGAAGUUGUUGCAGACUUGUCUGUGUAUAAGGAAACUGGUUACAGUGCUGAUUGUUUUAAUCAAAUGUUUUAUUUCUAUGUAUGUAGUAAAUGUGAUGUCCAUUUAGGGAAUUAUGCCAUUUCAGCAGAACCUAUAUAUACACACGAACAUUACAAUAUAAAGUAGUAUUUUCUCCUUGUGUAGCAAUAUAUGUGUCAUAGCAUAAUAUCUGGACGUACAGGGUACAUUCACAGAUUUUUAUGCUGUUUCUUUUAUAGUGACAUGCUGCAAAGUCUCAGUUCAAAUGAUUCUAGGGAUUUUUUUCCAUUUUAUUUUAUUUUAUUUUAUUUUGGAUGGUGUCCACUUGUACUACCCGUGCAUUUCAGCCAAAGUAUACCUCUGCUCCCAGAGCUUUUCAUUUCCCCCUGCUACAACAGGUAUUUCAGAAACCUGCAGUUUAAACCUUUGCAACUCAUCUAGCGUGUUUCUUGUUCUGAUUGUUGAGCCUGAAGUGUCACAUAUCUCUUUCUUUGAGAUGGAAAGGGGAAAUCCAGAGUAUUGUGUGAGACAUAAAUGCUUUAAAGUGUCACGGUUUCUGUUUUCCUUAAUGUGUUUUAAAUGUCUUUUCGCAUUCUUUACGUUUGUGAUCACAAAUGAAUGACAUUUACUUAUUCGUUACUUUAGUUAAACAUGAGUAAAUGUUAAACAUUGCUACUCCUGUUUGGUAUUAACUUUACUGAAAACCAAUCUGUGAUUACAUGUGUGUGCAUAUACAUCUUAGUUAUUUUUAAUGUAUCCUGUUGUUUCCAGUGCUGCUGUUGCCUCUGCUGUCUGCUGCUGCAAAUCAGAAACUCUGGGAGAUUUAGUUUGUUCUGUGGAUGAAAAAAGAGGCAGAAAUAAAUUUCUUCUUUCAGAGAAAUGUCUCCUGUGAUCGCUCCCAUGUUGCACAAAAAAAAUAAAUAAAUACAAAAAAACACA